UUUGGUGGUGUACUUGAAGAUGAAACAUGCAAGGGGAGUCCUAAUCAAGUCACUAAACCUGCGCAUCAUCCCAUCAGUUCACCCCUUCACCUUACAGACACGACUUUUAUUUUGUAAAUUACAACCGGACGUGCACUGUUCUAAGCGUGUGUGACUUGUCAUGAAGCUGUGGCUCCCUGGUUGUGGAAGUGGAAGAAGCUGAGUCUCCUCAGUCACCCGCCGGCGCCGCCUCCUCUCCGCUGCGCUGCGGAGGACAGAGGACAGACUCACAGCGGAAACUUCUGCAAGGGGACACGGGAAGGGCUACAGAGAGGAGUCCAAAUCCACCACUGCUGCUGAGCCCUUUGGGAGAUCCGUCCAGUCUUUUUCUCUACUCCUAUGAGGACCUAUCCAGGAUCCAUCACCACUUGCUGAUCAACACACUGUAGAGGCUGCUAUGUCUGAACUCACAGAUCCUCCUGCAGCCAUGGCCGAACAGAGCGCUGAGCUGUCCCACUGCUAGGCGACGGGGCAUCCGAGAGGGCAGAAGACAUGUUGGGACAGAGGUCCGGGGACCACUGCACUGAAUUCUGUUACUAUAGCUACUACUGUAGUAACCAUGGAAACGCUAUGGAGGACUGGUCUGGUCUGCACUGUCAUCAUCGUCAUGGUUGCCACCGAGGUCGAAGGAGGUCACAGAGAUGAGUCCAUUCAGUCACAAGCUGCUUUCCUGUCCAGUCUAGGCCAGUAUGAGAUUGCCAUGCCAGUACGUGUAGGACCAAAUGGUGAGACGAUGGACGCAGAAGCGCCUCAGCACCACCAAAGAAGAAGACGCAGCACUGAAGACAGGCUGCCUGACUCUCUCUUCUACCGGCUGUCCACAUCAGGCAACAACUUCCUGCUGAACCUAACGCUGCAGGGAGGCCUCCUUUCGAGGCAGUUCAGGGUGGAGUACUGGAAGAGAGGUCGAUUAGCUUGGAGUCAUCCUUACUCUCCCCACUGCCACUAUGUAGGACACCUCCAAGACCAACCGCACUCCAGCAAAGUGGCCCUAAGCAACUGUAACGGCCUGCAGGGGGUGAUUGUUGCAGGGGGAGAGGAGUACCUGAUUGAACCCCUUGUCUCACCAGAUAACCAGACCAGGAUGGAGAGGGGGGAGAGAGCAGAGGGGCGCCCCCAUGUGGUUUACAAGCGGUCAUCGCUCCGCCAUCAAUACAAGGGCCAAUCCUGUGGAGUCAUUGAUGAGAAGCCGAUGAAAGGUGCGUCGUGGUGGCAGCGGACUCUGAAGACGCCUCCCCAUCACGUCGGUCGUGGCCAGCUGCCUCUAAAGCGCUCAGUUAGUCGGGAGCGCUACGUGGAGACGCUGGUAGUAGCAGACAGGAUGAUGGUGGCUUACCAUGGUCGCAGGGACAUCGAGCAAUACAUCCUGGCUGUCAUGAAUAUUGUUGCCAAACUGUUCCAGGAUUCUAGCCUGGGGAAUGCAGUCAACAUUGUGGUGACACGGCUCAUCCUGCUCAUGGAGGACCAGCCUACUCUAGAGAUCAACCACCACGCUGGGAAGUCUUUAGACAGCUUCUGUAAGUGGCAAAAAACCAUCCAGCACCGGAGCAGCUACGGUAACGCCAUACCAGACAACGGGAUCGCUCACCAUGACACUGCUGUGCUUAUCACCAGGUACGACAUCUGCAUCCAAAAAAACAAGCCCUGUGAAACCCUAGGUCUGGCUCCUGUAGGAGGGAUGUGUGAGCCAGAGAGGAGCUGUAGCAUCAAUGAGGACAUUGGCCUGGGAACAGCUUUCACUAUCGCCCAUGAAAUAGGACACACGUUUGGAAUGAACCAUGACGGGAUGGGGAACGCCUGUGGGCCCCGCAGCCAGGAGACCGCCAAGCUAAUGGCUGACCACAUCACGAUGAAGACAAACCCGUUCAUCUGGUCGGCCUGUAGCCGGGAUUACAUCACCAGCUUCCUGGACUCAGGUAUGGGCUCCUGCCUGAACAACAUUCCCCCCAAGCAGGAGUUUGUGUACCCCACCACAGCACCGGGUCAGGCCUACGACGCAGACGAACAAUGUCGCUUUCAGUACGGCGUCAGAUCCCGACAGUGUAAAUAUGCAGAAGUCUGCAGUGAACUUUGGUGCAUGAGCAAGAGCAACCGUUGCAUCACCAGCAGCAUUCCCGCUGCAGAGGGAACCAUCUGUCAAACCAACACCAUCGAGAAAGGCUGGUGCUACAAAAGGGUGUGUGUGGCGUAUGGGACUCGUCCGGAGGGCGUGGAUGGAGGCUGGGGUCUGUGGUCACCCUGGGAGGAGUGUAGCAGGACCUGUGGAGGAGGAGUGUCCUCUUCUAUCAGACACUGUGACAGCCCCAGGCCAACCAUUGGUGGAAAGUAUUGUCUGGGGGAGAGAAAACGCUUCAGGUCCUGCAAUAUUGAUGAGUGCCCUGCAGGCUCUCGGGAUUUCCGGGAGAUUCAGUGCUCUGAUUUUGACAGCGUGCCAUUCAGGGGAAAGUUUUACACCUGGAAACCAUACAGAGGAGGUGGGGUGAAGCCCUGUUCACUCAACUGCCUGGCAGAAGGAUACAACUUCUACACAGAGCGUGCUCCAGCUGUGGUGGACGGCACACCUUGCCGAGACGACUCCCUGGAUGUGUGUGUAAACGGAGAGUGUAAGCACGUGGGCUGUGAUCGUAUCCUCGGCUCGGACGUUCGCGAGGACCGCUGCCGGAUCUGCGGGGGUGACGGGAGCAGCUGUGUGUCUGUGGAGGCACUUUUCAAUGACUCUCUGACCGAAGGAGGUUAUGAAGAGGUGGUCAGAAUUCCAAAAGGAUCAGUGUUCAUCCACAUACAAGAACUCAACAUCUCUCUCAACUACCUUGUGCUGAAGAGUAAAGGGGACCAGUACUAUAUCAAUGGGAAGCUGACCAUUGACACGCCACGCAGGUUUGAUAUUGCCGGUACUACCUUCCACUACAGGCGGCCCACUGAUGCACCAGAAACUCUUGAAGCUCUGGGGCCAACAAACAUGACCCUGAUUGUCAUGGUGCUGGUGAGGGAGGAGAACCCAGGGAUCCACUACCGUUUCAACCCCCCACUGAACAGGGAUCCUCUGACUGGCUUUGCCUGGCACUACACCUCCUGGUCACGCUGUUCAGCUCUCUGCGCAGGAGGUGUGCAGAUCCAGCAGGUGGUGUGUAGGAAGCAGACAGAUCAUUCAAUCGUCUACAACCACUUCUGUGACAAGAAGAGCAAACCCAAAGAGAAGAAAAGAUCCUGCAAUACUGAGCCAUGCUCCCCAAGCUGGUGGACAGGAGAGUGGUCGGAGUGCAGCCGCAGCUGUAAUGGUGGCCUGCGGACACGGGAGGUGUUAUGCAAAAGGAGGAUCUCCGGGACGGAGGAGAAGGUCCUGGACGACGCGGCGUGUACACCCCUACGACCUUCUCUCACUGAGCCCUGCAGCAACCACAGCUGCCCUCCUGAAUGGCUGGCCCUGGACUGGUCAGAGUGCACGCCCAGCUGUGGUCCUGGCUACAGGCACCGUGUGGUCUUGUGUAAGAGCGGGGAGAGCAGUGACACACUGCCAGAAUCCAAGUGCCCCAAACAUGGCAGGCCCACCUCCAGGGUGCGCUGUAACCUGCAGCGCUGCCCUCCCCCUCAGUGGGUGACGGGUCCCUGGGGAGAGUGUUCUGCCAAGUGUGGUCUGGGUCAGGAGAUGCGUUCAGUGCAGUGUCUAGCCCACACCAGCCAGCCGUCCAAUGAGUGUCUGGAACAUCAGCGGCCAGCAGCCAUGCAGCAGUGCAAGAGCAAAUGUGAACCCAGUCGGCCCAUCAGUACAGACAGUCCUGAAGAGUGUAAAGAUGUGAACACUGUGGCCUACUGCCCCCUGGUGCUCAGGUUCAAGUUCUGCAGCCGGCCAUAUUUCAGGCAAAUGUGCUGCAAGACCUGCCAGGGACACUGACCUGGACACCAUGGAACUCACAGCAUCCAUCUUUGGGUCCUGUACACACUCACCUAAGCCUGAAAACCCUCCCACUGAGCCUCAUAAACAGCAGCCCUCACACACUACCUCUAACAGAGGAGUGUGAGAUCUAACUAGGAUGCUGUCGGACUGACAUCUGGUCCUGUAACUGUUAAGGGGGACCUUUUUCCAGCCAGAAUCCAGCCCAAAUCAGACGCCUCUCCGGGCCGAGCUGAGUUAUACAUUCCACUGGAGGGAGGGCUGCUGAAAUCUGGAGAGACUAAGAGAGGGAGAGAGUUACUUCCCUCCAUCAUCUCGGUCUUCCUAAACGAUCCCUCUGUUGUAAUAUUUUGGUGCUACUAUAUUUCACUUUGGCCGCAGGGCUGGUCGCAGUACUCUCUUAAACCUGUAUGUCAACAGGUGAUAUUUGUUUAGUUAUGACUUUAAAAAUCCACUUUGUAAAGAAAAUGAUUUUUUUCAGAUAUCUUUGCCCAUGAAAAGGAAUAUCUUAUGCUAUAAAAAUGAAAGAUUUCUAUGUUAUCUAAUAGUUGUUACUUGACCACAUUGUUUUAUGCUAUUGCUUUGUUCCGUAUCAACGUAUUCAUUAAGUCCAAGCAGAGUUUGAUUUGCACAAAGUGUCAGCAUUCAGAGGACUUGUGUAUUUUAUGUUUGUUUUGAUGUGAUUUGACUUGAUGUCUCUAUGGAAGCUAUAAAGAUCUCACUGCGGUGAAUCUGCCUUAGUCUUGCCUAGUCUUGCCUUUUGGUUAGUUUGCUUAAAUGUUCUUGACCUCUACACUCAAACGGUGCUUCGCGCUGAACAGGACACAUCGAGACACUGCGUUAGUAAUGUGAGCAAAGCCAGUGCUCACUCACCAGGACAUUUUCACAAAUAUGAUCUUAUUUUCUGUUGUGGCUGCAGACUGUGGCAGCUUGUUCAUAAAGUCUUCUUUAACAGUUCAGUGUCAUUAUCUAAAGGUCCCACAGCACAGGACCUUGCUGUUAAUUUCUUUCUUUCUUUCUUUCUUUCUUUCUUUCUUUCUUUUGGUUUAUUUUUGCCACGUUACCACUCAUUCAACAGUUGCUUGUAACUUUUACUGUGAGUGGAAAUUCAAAGCACAGUGAGACACAGUGAGUCAGCUCUGCCAGCAGAGAGGAGCAGUGAUGACUUCUGACCAUGCUGCUCUCAAAGAGCUUUUUAUAGAAGCAGUGCUAAUCUGAGGAUGGAUUUACAUACCCAUAAAAUAUCUGAUUUCUCCGUGGCACAGAUCUGAUGUUUUUUCACGGCUGUCUGAAGCCAUCAUUCAGGCUGCGGGUAAAAGAUUUCUGCCACAAACUUUUAUGAAUUAGAGAUAGUUUAAACUUCCAAUAUGAUUGUUGUGGCAACUUGGGGAAGUGAAAACAAGUAAAUAUAGAGAACACUUAUUAUUUACACAUCCAAGAGUUAUAGAGCAACAUUAUCAUUCAUUUGGAGUUAUGUUUGUGGCCACCUGAAGAAUAAAAAUCCAAUUUCCACUCUUUUAGAUCUGUUUUUGGUCUCCACCAACUCCUGAUGGAAAUAGGUCUCUUUAGCUGCUAAAUGCUUCACUGUGUUCACCAGCUAGUCGGUAACUGUGUCUGUCUGCUGUUUGAUGCUAGGCAAGCAGACAAAAAGUACAUUGUACGAGUGGUGAGAAGCAAAACAGUACAGUUGCAGCCAAACAAUGAGCUGAAACUUGCGGUAAAGCGCUAAAAGAGCAGCAGAUUCUGGUGAUAAUUCUCUCUCAGUUCUCCUUUCACAUUGUUUUGAUAUAUCGUUAUUAGAAAAAUAGUGAUUGUAGCUGCUUUAAUGAAUCACAGCUGGGUGCUGAAUUUUUAAAACCAAGAACCUGAAAAAUCACCCAUCUUUAAAUCACCAGUUUAAAGAUGGGUGAUUAUGUGACCCAAAAGGAAGCAUGUCACCUGACCCAAAUUUGUCAUAGAACUGACUUCAUUGAGACCUUUUCUGAAAAAAGCAGUUUCAGCUCUUUCUCCUGUAGAAAAACUUUGUGCCUCAGAAAUCAGUAAUCACUGUGAUGUCCACUGUGCUCUGAACUCUGCUGUGUUCGGACUCUUCACAAAUGUUCACACUGAUCACCGCUGAAAGCAGCUCUGUGUAUCUCUAAAUGUCACAUAAUUUCAUUGUAAAGAGAGGAAGCUACAGUUUGUCUUCAUGGGGAUUAGCUGCAAUGUUGUUGUUGUUGUUUUUUUCUUGUGGUGCUUUGGUUUGGAUUGGUGCUAUUAGUUCACUGUUGUUGUCAUUGACUUAUCAUUUUAACAGUUGUGCUUUUAAUUAUUUAGAAAUCAGUUUGAGCCUUUUUGUAAUAUCAAUCUGCAGAGCUGGUCUGAGGUGGAAGACUGCAGCUGCUUAGGGCCCCUCACCCACCAGGGGCCCUCUUUGGGUUCCUUUGUUUAUUUUUUAUCAUAAUUUAAGCUUUUAAUUUACACCCCCUGACUUGGUUCAAGUGGCCAGCAGUGCCCCUGAAAAUCUGGGCAAAGUACUGUAACAAUUUCUAUACAACUGCUAACUAACCCAGUUUGCUGGCAUUAAACAAACAUUUAAGUUGUGGGAACACCUUAACAAAUUGUAACUUGAAACAGAUAACUUUUGGUAUCAUUAACCAAAGUAUUGGGUUAUUAGAUCGUGCAAAGGGCCUCAAACAGUCAAAUGGAUUGACAUGUAACAUUUUCAGUUGCACAUACCAUUUCAGAAGAUAUUUCAAAGAGUAAUUGUCAGAGAUUUUUUCCUGUUCCAGCCUCUGAAAGGCUUUUUUUUUUCUCUGUAUCUACCUGUGCCUAUAAUAAAGGUUCACACUGAGUAGUGAGCCUGUUUUAUCUGAGUAAAUAAGAGGGACAGUACCGGUAAUUGUUGUUUUGUUUUUCACAUGCUAAUUAUAACAUGACAUGUACUGUAUGUUGUUCAAUAUUAUAGAAGAUGAAUCCAUUUGUCCCCCAUGUACAUCUUUUUAAAAGGAAAUAUUAAAUUGAUUAAACAUGGUGCAUUGUUGAU